UACAGUAAGCUUUGAAUAUGACAUUACUAAUAUCAGAUAUCUGAAAAUUAUGACAUUAUUAACAUCAAUGCGCCAAUUUUGUAAAAUGUUUUCAUCAAUAUUCAAUGGUAAAACUCAGAUUACUUCGUCCUGACGAAGUCUCUAUUCAGAAACGAAAGCUCGGCGAUUUGUGAAAUAGGAUUUUUCCAUUACACUGAGAAGAUGAGGGCUGCUGCGAAGAUUUAAUUUAUGUGGCUAUAGAAGGGUUUGGCGGAUUACUUCGAGCCUCACUUGACCCUCUUUAUAUGUCAAACAUUUCGAAAUAAAUUUUCGUGACUCGAGUGCCUCUGGAAAAGGAAAAUGACCACCGAGGAUACCUCCGGCCCCAGUGCUGCGCCUGACAGUGGAGCAACAGAUCGGCAAACCAUAACGGAAAAUAACAAAGGAGAUCCUGCCGUAACUCAAGUACCCGAUGGAAUGAGUGCUCAAAGAGUCUUCAAGAAAGUCUCUCCAAAUCAAAAACUCACCCUGUAUUUGAGCUCUCGGGACUUGGUAGUAUCGCCAAAUGGAAUCGAUAGGUUGCAAGGCGUCCUUCUCGUCGAUCCGGAGUUCGUAGAGGACAGAAAAGUGUACGGUCAGGUCACACUCACCUUCAGAUACGGCAGGGAAGACGAAGAGGUGAUGGGAUUGAAAUUCUGCAACGAGGCGAUCAUGUGUUUGACUCAACUGUAUCCCCCGCACACAGGCACGCCAGAAGCAAUCACCCCUCUGCAGGUUUCACCAGAAAAACUAGUCCUGGAGUCGAAAGACACGAAGGAAUUCAGGAUCCAUUCGGUGCUUGUUGAUAAUGUAUAAACAUUC